AUGUGGCGGCCUUUGUUAUUCCUCCCGGCACUUCUCAUCGCUGCCAGUGCGGCCCCUUCUCUGCCUGCCCGUCGAGAUUUGCCCACUGCACCUAUGGUCACAGUGAAAAACGGCAGCUAUUUCGGCACGUACUCGGAAACUUACAAUGAGGAUAUAUUCUUGGGAAUUCCUUUUGCCCACCCACCACUUCAAGAUCUUCGGUAUCGGAAUCCUGUAUCGCUGAAUGAGACGUGGACAGGUCAGAGACCAGCAACCAGUUACGCCCCUGAAUGCAUUGGUUAUGGCAGUGACCAGAUUGGAAAGCAGCAGAGCGAGGACUGCCUGUAUCUCAAUGUCGUCCGCCCAGCAGGUUAUGAGAAUGAGAGCCUGCCAGUGGCAGUCUGGAUCCACGGUGGUGGAUUCCGACAGGGAGGUACUCAAGACCUGCGAUACAAUGUCUCGUUCAUUGUCCAAAAUUCCGUAGACAUUGGCAAACCGAUUAUUGGUGUGAGCAUUGCAUACCGACUGGGCGUUAUGGGCUUCAUGAACAGUGAGGAGGUUGCAAAAGAAGGGUACACGAACCUCGGCCUAAAGGACCAACGACUUGGCCUCCACUGGAUCCAAGAAAAUAUUGGCGCAUUUGGCGGUGACCCUUCAAAAGUCACAAUCUGGGGUCAGAGCGCUGGCGCAGAGAGCGUUGGGUUCCACAUCCGAGCCUUCGAUGGCCGCGAUGAUGGUCUUUUCCGUGCCGCUAUCAUGGAGUCGGGCCCUGUGAUGCCGCACAACCCCCUAAACCUGACUAAAGUCUAUCAAUCACGUUACGACGGAAUUGUACGUGAAGCCGGUUGCGCAGAAGAAGCAGAUACAUUGGCGUGUUUGCGUCGUCUGCCAUUUACCGUUCUGGACAACGUGCUCAAUACGACUGAAUAUAAUUCUGGGUGGAAUCCGACACUCGACGGGGAUUUUGUGGCUCGUUAUCCUAGUCAGCAAAUAAAGGAUGGCGCAUUUGUCCGUGUUCCUAUCAUCGUCGGCGCAAGCUCGGAUGAGGGUACAAACUUCAGCCCAAAGCCAAUUAACGACACGGCCGGUUUCAUCGGAUGGCUGAACGUGACUACAUCGGAUCAAUGGGCGUUCAACGAAACGCUUGUCAACGAAGUCCUACAGGUUUACCCAAAUGACCCUUCCGUUGGAAUUCCGUCCUUCGAGACCCUCGGCGGAGACGUCACCUUCCCACAACCAUAUGGAGCCGAGUACCGUCGCAGUGCCGCUUAUUGGGGUGACCAGGUCUUCAUCGCUGGAAGAAGGUUGUCAGCCGAGACAUGGGCGGCUAACAAUUUGACGGCAUACAGCUACCGAUUCAACACAGUUCCAGCAGGUGCAGCAUGGGAAAUCGGCGUGACUCACUUUGCCGAGGUUGCUUUCGUCUUCAAUAACCUCAAUGGAUUGGGAUACACUCCUAAUCCGUUUUUGGACAAGCCGGAAUCAUAUACGGAGCUUAGCUACCUGAUGAGCAACUCAUGGGCCAGCUUCGUCCAUAACCUUGAUCCGAACGACUGGAGUGGAAGAGGGAGGAAUGCAACACAGGCUGAUUGGCCUGCUUAUACUAUGGAAGAUCCUAUGAAUAUGGUCUGGGAUGCAAACAAAACGAGCUAUCCUGAACCUGAUACCUGGCGGAAAGAGGGCAUUGCUUGGAUCAAUGAGCAUGCUUUGAACUACCAGCGGUAA